AUGAACUUUAUCAAAGCCAAAGGAAUAAUUUCCUCAUUAAUUUUUAAGUUUGAUCUUUACAGAUCAAACAUAAAUCGUCAAGAACUGAGUCAGUUUUCGAAUCUCAAAAUUCUAAUUUUCACUGAUCAUAUUUUGCAGCUCAAAAAAGACAUGAAAUCAAGAUUUCAAGACCUACUUGAGUUACAAAUCUGUAAUUGGAUUUUAGAUCCAUUUUCGUUUGAAUUUGUGGAAGAUCUCGAACCUCAUUUACAAAAGGAGUUUAUCGAUCUUAAACACGAUUGUGAGGCACAACUUGUUUUUAAACAUGUUUACGAGUUUGCCUGGAUCAAGCUUAAAGACACUUAUCCACAACUAUGGCAACAAGUUAAAUUGUUGCUCCUCUUUUUCCCGUCAACGUAUCUAGUUGAAAAAGGAUUCAGCGUUGUUGUUCAGCUUUUGACGAAACAAAGAAAUCGGUUGGACAUUUGCAACAAAUUAGUAGCUACUCAUCAGGCUCAGGAUAGUCAUUGA